CUCCCCCACCUCGGGGAAAGCGCUGGGGGUGUGGCCAGGGGCCGGUAUAAAGUCCGGGGAGUCGGUCCCGGGCAGCCGCUCAGCCCCCUGCCCCCAGCCGCCCGCCGCCUGCUGGGCCGGGCCGAAGAUGCCGUGCAGCGCCUCGGCGGCCAGGGUCGCUCCGCUCCAGCGCGCUUGCUAACUUCCCGGGCUCCGUCCCUGCCCACCCGGGUUGCCCCAUAUCCCCGCACCCUCCGAGUGUGGUCCUCCAGGCGCGUUGGGCGCUGCGGCCGGGUACCCCUGCUGCCUGCCGCGCGCCGGCGCUUCCCGCUCGCGCCCCGCGCCCGCGCCCUUUCCUUGUCCAGUCAUGCUGCCCCUCUGCCUCGUGGCCGUCCUGCUGUUGGCCGCAGGGCCGGGGCCGAGCCGGGGCGAUGAAGCCAUCCACUGCCCACCCUGCUCCGAGGAGAAGCUGGCGCGCUGCCGCCCCCCGGUGGGCUGCGAGGAGCUGGUGCGGGAGCCAGGCUGUGGCUGUUGCGCCACUUGCGCCCUGGGUUUGGGGAUGCCCUGUGGGGUGUACACCCCCCGCUGUGGCUCAGGCCUGCGCUGCUACCCGCCUCAGGGGGUGGAGAAGCCCCUGCGCACGCUGAUGCACGGGCAAGGCGUGUGCAUGGAGCAGACGGAGAUCGAGGCCAUUCAGGAAAGCCUGCAGCCCUCUGACAAGGAUGAGGGUGACCAUCCCAACAACAGCUUAAGUCCCUGCAGCGCCCAUGACCGCAGGUGCCUGCAGAAGCACUACGCCAAAAUUCGAGACCGAAGCACCAGUGGGGGCAAGAUGAAGGUCAUAGGGGCACCUCGGGAGGACGCCCGGCCUGUG